GGGACAAGGAGGGUGAGUCUCUCUGAUCAGAUUACAGUGAAGAUUUGUGCGACUGUGACCAUGCGUGUGGUGACUGUCUUCCUCUUGUCUGCCCUGCUUCCACUCUCUCUCUCCCAUCAAGGGGACCCCUUCGCCUGGCUGUACGGCCCGCGCAGCUUGAGAUAUGGCUUCCAGCAGGCAGACUCCACAGGAGGGGAGUGUCCAGAAGAGUGUGACUGCCCCCCCUCCUUCCCAGUCGCAAUGUACUGUGAUGGGCGGGGCCUGACAGCCAUGCCAACCAUCCCCUCACGUGUGAAAUACUUGUACCUCCAAAACAAUGCCAUCACAGCUGUGCCGGACUCAGCUCUGGUAAAUGCAACCAAUGUGGUGUGGCUGAUGAUGCACCACAACCAGCUGACGUCUGACGGCAUUGGCAAGAAGGCAUUUUUGCAGUUGGAGAAACUGGAGCGUUUAUAUCUGCAGCACAACAAUUUGACCAGCAUUCCUCCAAACCUCCCUCGCACCCUGCGAGACCUGAGGAUCAACCACAACAAGAUUGAAAAGGUAACAGCUGCAGACCUAGAGGGAAUGGAUAACCUCACCAUCCUGUAUCUCCAUGACAACGCUGUCACGGACAUGGGCACAUCACUGAAGGCACUGAAAUCCCUCACACUGCUGGACAUCAGUGGGAACAAGUUGACAAAGGUCCCGGAGGCCCUGCCAGAACAACUGCACCAACUCUAUCUGGAGUCCAACUCCAUUGAUUCUCUACCAGAGGGCUUCCUGGGUGGUUUCACUCAGCUGCAGUACAUCAGAAUGGCUCACAAUCAGCUCACAGACAAGGGUAUCCCUGCCAACACCUUUAAUGUGACCGGGUUGGUGGAGCUGGACCUGAGCUUCAAUAAACUGGAGAGGAUUCCCCCAGUGAGCACCACACUACAGCAUCUGUAUCUGCAGGCCAACCAGAUCAAAGAGUUCACCCUGGGUAGUUUCUGUAGCAUUGUGGAUGUGACCAACUUCUCCAAGCUCCAGACGCUGCGACUGGAUGGGAAUGAAAUCAGUCGUCAGGACAUCCCUACAGAGUCAUCCACCUGCCUGCGCCAGGCUUCCAACAUCGAGGUCUAACUGUGCGUACGACACAGUGUGUGGCGCUCUGCUCACAAUCACAGCUCCGUUUACAGUAUGCACCAACAGUGUGACACAUUACUGUGUGGCGUGCCAAAACCAAAGCACACAUCAGGGGCGACAGUGUGAUCUAACAUCGACAGCAGGUGGCAGCAGUUCUUACUGUGAUAUCCAAUAUUCACAUCACAGUGAAAACAAAGGCUGUCAUGUGGUGUUGCUUACAUGAUAGCGGUUUUACAGCAAUUACCAUAUAUUUCAGAUUUCACGGGGCAUUUUCUGUGGAAAAUAUGAACAAGUAAAUUUUUAAAUGUUAAAACAAAUCUGGACAAUUGGCCAAGUCUGAUUUUAUUUGAUUUUUUUUAAAUCAAAUAAAGGCCAGUGAGGCUUUUGCCCUUAAACACAUCGUAUAAGCCUCAUGAUGAUGCUGUAUGAGCCACAUGUGAUGUUUCUUUUUUGAGUAUUGAAAAUGAUCUUCCUUAUAUGUUGCUGUGAGGAUCAGUGAUUUCUGUAAUCAGUUUUUUUUUUUGUUUUGUUUUUUUUUACAACGCAUGCUUUCUAUUGUUUUGUCUGAUAAGUUGAUGAUACAAAUAUUACAUAUCGUGUAGGAUGUGAUUUCAGAUCAUUAGCUGUCGUAGAAGCAUGACAAUAUCUGCAUCACUUCUUUGACGACCAUGUCCCAAAGUGAUGUCAUAUUACAGUUGGGUACAUUAUUUUGUAAUGAAAGUGCUGUGACUGUUUUUGUAGAGGCAUUACAGUAAAACCAAUUUGCCUAAAAGACAUAGAUAGAUAUCUGUGCACCAUGUGAAACAUAUCUCCAUAUUGUACUGUAGUGAAUCAAACAUACA